AAAAUCAGGACGAUCCAAGUGGAUCCAAACAAUACUGCGAACAAGUACGCGCGGCAAGGGUCGUGAUGCUGCAAUUCCGGAAGAGAGCGCUGCAAUGGUGUGGCGGAAAGGACCACCGCCAGCUCCUGCCUAUUUCAUUACCCAACAUAUAUAUGACUGGCCCUCUCUGCCCAAGGGAUUGGAAGGAGCACUCUCUCAAUCUCCUCUGCUGCUCGUCUAGAAGCAAUCUUUCCUUCCAUACCAUGGCUUUCCCAGCUGCGCCUCCUCCAAAGUCUUUGCUUGAUCGCCACCGACAGUUGGCACCAGCUGCCUCCAUCAGAGUCUCUCCGCUAUGUCUUGGAGCCAUGAACUUCGGCGAGGCACACAAAUACAGAAUGGGAGAGUGUACUAAAGAAACUGCAUUUGAGAUCCUCGACUAUUUCCACACUUCAGGUGGUAACUUCAUUGAUACGGCCAAUUCUUAUCAGGAUGGAGAAUCCGAAAUGUGGCUGGGUGAAUGGAUGGCCGCACGAGGAAAUCGGGACGACCUCGUGCUCGCAACAAAGUACGCAAGCCCCUACAUGCUCGCCGAGAAAGGGAAAAUCCAAUCAAAUUAUGGUGGCAAUGGUAUCAAAUCACUUCGUCUUUCGGUCGAGGCUUCUCUCAAAAAGCUCCAAACGAGUUACAUUGACCUCCUCUACGUCCACUGGUGGGAUUACACUACCACAAUCCCAGAGCUGAUGCAUAGCCUCAACGAUCUGGUCGUCGCUGGAAAGGUAUUGUUACUGGGAAUCUCAGACACUCCAGCCUGGGUUGUGACAAAAGCCAACCAGUACGCCCGUGAUCAUGGUCUCCGCCAGUUCGUAGUAUAUCAAGGUCUCUGGAACGCGGCAACUCGGGAUUUCGAGCGCGAUAUCAUCCCAAUGUGUCGUGAUGAGGGGAUGGGUCUCUUGCCUUACGGCACUCUGGGACAAGGAAGAUUUCAGACCGAAGCAAUUUUCCAGGAACGAGAGAAGAACAACCCUGGUCGCAAGAUGAAGCCAGCGACUGCGGUCGAGAAGAACGUCUCCAAGGCUCUUGAGAAGAUUGCCAGGGCCAAGAAUACAGAACUCACCAGCGUGGCCCUUGCGUAUGUUAUGCAGAAGAUGCCUUAUGUGUUUCCCAUUGUUGGAGGGAGGAAAUUGGAACAUAUCAAGGGGAACGUUGCCGCGUUGAGUGUGUUUUUAAGCGAGGAGGACAUCAAGGAGAUCGAGGGUGUGUACGAAUUUGACCCUGGGUUUCCUCAUACUUUCCUCAGUGGCUCUUUAAUCUCUGGCGGCACACCCCGAGCUGCUGAGGGACCUGGUGAUGUCUGGUUGACAAACUUGCUGGGAAACUUUGAUUGGGUCGAAGCUGAGAAGGCGAUCAAACCGGCGAAGGCUUGAGGACAUAACUUUAGGUUUCGACAGAUACUUGGAACAUUAGGCCAACAGCAUGGGUGGUCUAAACAAUCUUCAGGCAGUCCAUAAAUCAAUGUUCAAC